UCCCACGCCCAAUCGAUCGCAAUGCUAACAUUCCAGCUGCAAUUACUUAACAACACGAAAGGACACUUCACUUCACUACAGAACAGAAGAUAAUUUAUUUUUAGCCAAAUGUUAAACCGUUAAAAGAUGCUUUUAUUGUUGCUUUGUAGGCGCCCAUCCAACGUCGCGACGGAUGGAUGCUGCCCAUCAUACUUCAUCAUUGCCGUGCUAUUAGUAAUUAUAUAUUUUAAUUGUUUGUAAAUGGGCUUCUGGCUGUUGUUGCUUUCUGUGUAAAGACUGUCUGUCAUGCAAUAAUUAAAUACACUAAGCCAAAAACGAAUUGGAAUUGAAUAUCUCACAAAUCUAUCGAACAAUCUCCGAACAAGCUCGCUUCCGGUACAAGCUGCAAUUUCCAACCAACGAGAUCCUUAUAAGGCCCUGCCAGCGGGCGUACUUUCAACAGUAAAAUGACGUCCACUGCAGUAAUACUCCACCAGAUGCUGGUUCGGAGCCUAGUCAUGAUGGCCGCCAACCCAAUCCAAGCUGAGGCAAAUCAUACGCUGAAGCUGCAUAGCCUGGAGAAGGUGCACGAAGAUGGCGGCGAUCUGGAGAGCGUUGUGAGCAUAGCCAAGGACGAGGAGAACCUGGUCAGGAUCAGCGGCGAGUUGAAGCAGCACGUUACCAUCGACAACGACUGGCAGAUCCUGUUUCUUAUAUACCGCGCCCAAGACCCCAAAGGGGAGUUCAAGGAGGUCGUAGACCUGCCUCGCAUCGGCGUCUGCGAUGCCAUGAAGAUCUACUACAAAGACUUCCUGUACGAGAAGCUGAAGGAGCACUCAAACGCACCAGAGCCGGACACCUGUCCACUGCCGCCGGAGCACUACCAUCUCAAGGACUAUCCCCUGGACGUGCACUGGCUGAAGAUGCUGAUGGACCCCGGCUACUACCGCGUCGAGAGCCAGCUGCUAAAGGAGGACCACAUCAAGCUGGCCUAUCGGGCAUUCAUCCAAGUCGAGUGAACACACGAGUGUACUUUGCACGCAUUGAAUUUAUUGUGGAAUCAGUAAACUUAUUCGUGGGCCAGCAUCUGUUUCAAGACCUCAUCGUACA